UUAUACUCGCCAUAGCGUGUAGUACUUUCAUGUUGACGUUUUGUGCGUCACCCGGAAGCAGAAGAGGUUUGCCAUCUUGACACUGGUAGCGAGCUUCUAACCACGUUACAAAACGCAAACAUGUAGGAUUGUGUAAGUGUUCACAGCUUACAUCCGCAGAGGGCUAUUAUGACAACAUACAAGGCUAUUUUUUUCUGUCGAAACCACUGAUCUGUUAAAGUCCGUACUCGAAGAGCGCAGUCGUACGGUUCCAGGGUAAGAUGGCUGCCAUAGCUUUAAUUCAAGGCGCCAGCAGAGGAAUUGGGCUUGAGUUUUGCAGACAUCUCUUAUUGAAAAAAAGCCAAAUUACAGUAGUUGCAACAUGCAGAUAUCCAGAAAAUGCCUCGGACCUUAUGAGUUUAGCCGCGCAGAACUCUGCAAGGAUAACAGUGUUCAAAAUGGAUGUGAAUCGAGAAGGUGACAUAAAGGACACUGCUGCAAUCGUGGAAAGGACAUUUGGAAAAGUCGACUUGGUUAUAAAUUCUUCAGCGAUGCUCCAUCCAUCCGGAAAAGGUGAAACAAGCCUCAAGGAUGUGUCAGCACAGGAAAUUAUUUCCACUCUGACAACAAACACCGUGGGUCCUUUGGUGAUGGCGAAGUAUUUUGCCCCGUUGUUGCUGAAAGGAAGUGGUGGGUUUGGCCAGCAACCUCCCGAGAAAGCCAAGCAACACAGUGGAAUCAUAGUGAACAUGACAGCGAAAGUUGGAUCAAUAGGUGAUAACGCUCUAGGAGGCUGGUACAGCUACCGGAUGUCAAAAGCAGCAUUGAACAUGGCUACCAGAAAUCUGUCCAUUGAACUGGGAAGAGGCAGACCCAAGGUGGUGUGUGUGUCACUCCAUCCAGGAACAGUCAAUACAGAUCUGUCCAGACCUUAUCACAGAAACAUUCCCAAGGACAAGCUCUUCAGCACAGAAUAUUGUGUUCAGUGUCUUAUGAAAAUAAUAGACAACCUCAGCAUGGAGAAAACCGGAAAGGCCUUUGCUUGGGAUGGCUCUGAGUUACCAUGGUAACACAUUCCUUGAGCAGCGUAUUCUCACUAGUGCUGUCAUGUCUUCAUGGACAUACCUGUCUAAACAUAGCUGUUUAUUCCUCCUGGAUAAAUGUGCAGCAUUUUGAGUGCAAUAUGAAUAUAAUGCAUAUUAAUACACAUUGAAAGCAAAGUGCAUUGAAUGAUCUGUGAAUGUAAUGCAUUAUAGUCAAUACUCCAGUUAGGAAACUGGUCUCCUCACCAAUGUAAACUAAAUGUUUGGGGUUUACUGAAAUGAAAUGUAAGAGAAAUAUAGAUUUUAUUCAGUGCAUCAGCCACUCAGUUCAGUUAUUACAAAGAUGAUAGAUAAAUGCUGUAGAAAGAAAUCCCUGUAAAUACCUGAAGCAAAUAUGUUUUACAACUUGAAACACAACAGUGUGGUGUGCUAUGUUAUUUGCAUAUGUGAAUGAAUUCUUUAUUUUAAAUAGCAAAAAUGUGUGUUUUAGCAGAAAAAAUACAAGCCACCAUUGCCACAGAUAGGAUGUCUUAAAGCUCAUGCAUUUUUUCUAUAGUUAAAUGUCAUUACUAAGGAAUAAUUAGUAACCUUUUCCUUAAGACCACUAUUUACCUGCAGAGAAGAUUGUCUUUAAGUAAUUUAACUGCUUAUUUACAGUUAGAAACCACUAUUAUAAGCCUUUACAAAGUGAUGCUCAUAGGAUGAGAGGCCUAGGAUGGUGCUCGAUGACCUCUUACAAACUGUUUGUGCUUUUAUAGCGAUGGUUACCUGAUUAAUGCAUAUGUCUGUCAACAAAACUGAGGAAAAAAUCACAAAUCUUACCAAAUGUACUAUGAAAGUCAGUGAAGGUGUGUUUGUCUGCAGUAAUGGCAUCCAUAGCAAUACGCUGGAAACAUUGAAAAGGCACUGAGGUUUGCCAGGUACAUUAAACAGACUACCUACAGGCUUAUUCAAAUAAUCUAGGGGAACUACCAAAGCUUACAAGGUUACUAACUACACAUUGAUUAAGUGUACCCCCAGACAAUGACAUAGCAGUGUUGAUUGAAUGGUGCACACUGAUACAGUAGAUCUUGACUGAUGGAGAGCAGAACUGCAGGA